AUGGGGUUCCCACGCCUCUCUGCGAUGAUCCUGGUCUUUGUGAUCCCCCUCGUCUCAGGUAUGUCAGCAUGAGUGUUGUUGUCCCAGCACCAUCACAAACUCUUGUGACGUCUAUGUGAAGUGUCAAAUUUAUGACAGUCAGUAUUUUAAGAAGAUGACAUUUUUUUGUUUGUUUGUUUGUUUAGGAGAGAAUUUAAAAACUCACUAAAAACGUCUAAAAUGAAAAGGUUUUGAACGUUCAUUCACAGACAGAUCUAUACAGCUCAUAAAGAACAGGAACCCUCUCACCGCCCUCCGCUCCCUCAAUAAGAUGAAAUGUACACACAAGUAUGAAUCUGCAGAUACACUUUCACUCAUCUCAGGUCUAUAAACAACACAACACCAACUCUUCAGACUGGAACUGGUAUCAAGCUGUUUUUGAGAUCAUGAAGUCAAUGAUGAGUGUCCUUGUCCAGGACUGGGCACUUGCCCAUCGAGGUUGUUCAUAAAGGAUAAGAAAGAAGACCACAUCCUGUUGAAGUCCUCAAUGUUUCCUUUUCUGUAAUCCAUCGAUCAGCGGUGGGUCCCUGGGUCUCGUUCCCAGACAUACAUAAUUUAGCCUCAGCUCGUAUAUAUUUUCCUGUCAGUUUGGAGAUCAAGUCUAGAACCUCUUUCCAGAGUAACUCCAACUUUCCGACAGUGUACCAACGUCUUCCAUACCUUUGAUACAACAGUCAGGAACAUGAGGAUUAAAGUGGUUUAACAGGCGUGAUGAAGGUCCAAAGCAGCCGUUUAUACUGUAAGAGUUUGUAUUUAUAGUUUGAGUUUGGGCUCGAAGACACGCCUUCUCCCAGUCUUCUACACUUACGGUCAACUGAAGAUCCUUCUCCCAUGCCGAUAGAUGAGAGAGUUUUCUUUAGAACCUGCCAAUAGUACACUGUAAAAGAUAGAUAGUUGACCCCUGCCCUGUCAGUGGUGUCCCUGUAGUCGUCUUUAGAUUUAAAUCAAACUAAGUUCAGAAAAAAGAGGUAAAUGUUCUGUUACGUAUAGAUGGAGUUCUUAUUGUCAGAAUUUCGGUUCUUCGGUGUAAUAACGGACAUGGAAAAGUCUUAAAGCACAGGUAAAAAUAUUUUGUUUUGAACAAAGUUGGUGUUAAAUGUUAAGGUAAUAAUGAGGGUCUUAUAUUGUUACCCUUAUAUUAUCACCCUUACUUUUCUCUUUGUACACUCAUGAGUUCCUGAGGAUCUGGUGAAUUUCAGUCUGUUUCAGUUCACAGAUGAUGUGGCCUUGGUCGCCUUACUGAAGAAGAAGGGGGAUACAGAGGACCUGUAUCCUCUCUCCUCUCAGCUCAUUGGAGAUCAGUGUGACAAAAACCAAAGAGCCUGUGCCGCCUCUUAUAAUCCUGGACCUCUCUGUAGAUUUUAAAUAUAUACCGUUUUAAAUAUUUAGGUCCCUUUAUUGACAUUAACCUUAAUUUCAGCCUCAACACUGACCACAGUUUUAAAUCCUGUGACCAACGCCUCCAUCUAUUACUCAAGCUCAACUCCUUUGGAGUCUAUAAGAACCUCACAGAGGGAAUCUGAACCUUUAAUAAUGUGGUUUGGUAACUUAAACACAAACAGACAGACGUCAGCUGUAGAAAACAGUGAAUCGAGCCUCUAAAAUCAGAGUGAAGCAGAAACACUUCAGCUGAAUCUACAAGGAAGUGAUGAGGAAAGAAGCUGUUCAGACAGUAAAUGAUCCUUCUCAGCCACCGUACAGAGAGUUCGUUAGACUUCGUUCAGACAGACGGUAUCAAGUACCGAAGGUAAAUCUUAACCUCUUCAAAAACUCAUUCAGUCCUAACACCAUCAGGGCUGAAUUAUCGUAGACCUCUGUCUCCUGAGAUCUGCCUGAUCUGUUCAGUACACGCUGCUGUUGUCCUCCCUCUGUUUUGUGUGUGUCUGUUGUGUGUCUGUUGUGUGUCUGUUCUUGCCGUCCUUGCUGCUGUUGAUCUGUUUUUUGUUCAUGAUGAGACUGAAGACAAAUAUGGACAGUAAACGAACAAACUAACUAACUAACAAACAUGGUUCUUUAAUUCAGCCGUAUUUGACCUACUGCGUGGACACAUUUAUCAACGACCUGAAACAGAUAUUUAUGUUACAGAAAAGAGAUAAACGAAUUAUUCAGAAUGUAAACUUUAGAAAGCACACCAACAGACUGUUUGUCAAAUCAUGGAUAUUAAAAUUUAACAGUCUAAUUAAAUUACAGACACUCACAAUAAUAUUCAGAUGCAAAAGAAGUUUAUUUUCAGUUCAGAGGAUGAAGAGGACAGACGGUGGUUUCAUUUAAGCACCAGAUUACUCGACAACGUUCAGACAGACGAGUAUUUCUGUGGUUGGAUCUCCCCACAGAAUAAUCUAAAGGGCUGCACAGACUAUUUCAGUUUAAAACAAAGUUCAUUAAGGAAAUAUGAAGCUGACGGGUCGUGUUUUGUUUUGAUUGUUGUAGGAAAAUAACCUGAAGUGAACCGAACUUCUUAUGUUCUUAUUUAUUUCUGUUUUAAGUGAGGAGACGGUAAAUUAAGCUUCGUCUUCUACCUUCUCCCCUGAGCUUCAUUCGUUAAAUGACUUUUGUAUUUAUAGAAAUACUUAAAAUCGGUCAUGAGCCGAACUAAAAACUAACAAGUGAACAAACGAACUUCCUGCUAACGUGGUUUUCUUCUUUCAAUAAGUCGUAAUGAUCCGUGACUCUUUCAGGUAUGAGCUUCAUGACUCCUGAGCCCGAUUCACCGCCAACAACGACCCCCGACUCGUACCCCCUGGGUGACCUGAUCCACGCCGCCCUGCAGAGUAAAGAGUACCUAGGAGAGGCGUCUGCAGGUACAGGUACGCUAACUCUUCAUGGGUGAGAUGAUGUGGUUACAGGUCAGUGUGGGCCGUGACUCCUGAGAAACCACGCUGAAUUCAACCUUUUGGAUGUGCAGGUACCACCACCAACCCCACCCAGGCCGUACCCGGGCUCGGUCAGACCGAGUCCACAGCGACGGUCAUCUCACCAGGACUUCUCACCACAGCUCUGAGCUCUUCUUCUUCUUCUUCUCCUGCUGCUGCUGCUGUCAGCCAGACCAGGAACACCAUGUCCUCUCUGCCUGUGGAGGAGGAGACCACCACCACUCUGAUCACCACCACCACCAUCACCACCAUGCACAUGCCAGGUACCUGCACACCACCUCUCCACUUCUGCAGCUGUUGACCUCUGAACUCAGAAUCGAGAUACUUUAAUAAUCCUCAGUGACUCCAGUGCAAAGGAAGGAGAAAAGAGAUAAAUAGAUAAGAACAAAUAAGAAAAAUUAAAGAGGUAAAUAGAUAAAAUAAGUACAAAUAAAGAUAUAAAUAGAUAAAAUAAGUUAAAAUAAGUUAAAAUAAAUAGAUAAAAUAAGUUAAAAUGAAGAGAUAAAAUAAGUUAAAAUAAAGAGAUAAAAUAAGUAAAAAUAAAGAGAUAAAAUAAGUAAAAAUAAAGAGAUAAAAUACGUUAAAAUAAAGAGAUAAAAUAAGUUAAAAUAAAGAGAUAAAAUAAGUUGAAAUAAAGAGAUAAAAUAAGUAAAAUAAAGAGAUAAAAUAAGUAAAAAUAAAGAGAUAAAAUAUGUUAAAAUAAAGAGAUAAAAUAAGUUGAAAUAAAGAGAUAAAAUAAGUAAAAAUAAAGAGAUAAAAUAAGUAAAAAUAAAGAGAUAAAAUACGUUAAAAUAAAGAGAUAAAAUAAGUUGAAAUAAAGAGAUAAAAUAAGUAAAAUAAAGAGAUAAAAUAAGUAAAACAAAGAGAUAAAUAGAUAAAAUAAAGAGUUAAUUUACAAGUAUGUUCACUUUAUACAACACUACAUUGUAAAACAGUCUGCACAUAAACAGUCAGCAGAGUCCAGGUAAAGACCGACCGACUGAGGGCGUCCGAGUCUCUGAGGGAGGAGUCAAAAGGUCUGAUGACCGCCAGCAGGAAAGAUUUCCUGUGGCGCUCCUUGGUUCAUCGUGGAGCGAGGAACCUUCUGCUGAAGGAGCUCCUCUCUCUGCAGGACCAGUUCACCGUGGACAGGGUGGGAGACAUGAGUUUGGACAGCAGGGGGUCCAGCUCCACCCCCACACCAUCACCUGAUCCUUUUUGAUCAGUUUAUUGAAUCUGUCGGAGUCAGCGACCCUCAGCUCGCUGCCCCAGCACGCAACAGCCAAGAAGGUCGUUCUGCAGAUGUUGAAGGACCUCGGCCUCCUCAGGAAAUAGAGACGGGUUUGACCCUUCCUGUGGACCGCCUCAGUAAUCCUGGACCAGGAAACUCCGGGUCUCGUCUUUAGCUCUCUCCUCUUCCUGUUAAAUCCACUGAACUCCAGCUUCAGCUCUCGUCGUUUCUUCACGGCUGUAAGAAGACGUCAAACAUCUUCACGUUAAAUAUUCAUGAUCAAACAUCAACAGGCUGAUGAACAUUUUUAUUUGAAUCCUAUUAUUUUUUUUUUUAAUCUCCCUUUUUUUAACUUCUGUUGUGACUUUUUUCAACCACAUCAGAAGUGAGCAGAUCAAAGAUUGUGGAUUAUUAGUGUCCUCUACCUGAGGAGCUGAACUGACCCACAGACCCUCAAAUAAAUCAACCCUGAUAGGAAAUAAUCAAUAAUAUCAAUCGUAUUGAUCUAUAUGUACACAGCUAACGUCAUGUGGAGAAGCUUCAGAGAAAGAGCGGUUCAGUGUUCCUGUAGAGAGAGAAGAAGAGAAGAUCACCUGUCCAAACGAUGAGAGGAUUUCUUUACACUCUGUCCUCCUGUCCUCCAGAGGACAACGUCUCAAAGAGCUCUCCGUCUUAGUUUCAGUCCUCACAGAGAAGGAGGACACCUUUAAACCUGAGCAGAGAACGUCCAGGUGAUCCAAAAAUACUGAGACUAACGAGAGAAAACGUCGAACUAAUCAGUCAGACAACAACGCCGCCAUGAGCCGAAUACUAACGAGGACAGGAACCGUCUGAGCUGAGGGGGUGAGCUGCUCUCUCUGAUCAGGUGGAUCAGGUCUGUUACUUAAAUACUUACUUAAAUUAAAAUAAUAAAGUUUGAAGGAUCAGAGAGCAGGUAGGAGGAGGAUCAGCUGAUCUACGGCGAGGAAAUGUCCUGUAGAUGUUUCAUCAGGAGGGUUGGUCUAUCUCCUCUGUUUCCUCUGGUGAACGACUUUCUCUUAAAGACUACGCUUGUGUGGUCGUCACGACGACAGUGAAGUUUUUCUGCAUCAGCUGGUUUAGUUUGGAGAUGAAGGUCCAUCAUCAUCAUCAUCAUCAUCUCCACCGAUCGCUCGCUCUCUUUGUUUGUUUACUCUAAAAAAAGUCGAGCUGUAGACUCGACCAUUUUCCCUCUGGGUUAUCUUAGAUCUGCCUGGAGCUGUUGCCUAGCAACCAGCUGAGGCUUCAGGAAUUAGACAAACUAGCCAGGAAAUAUCCAAGCCCAUAACUCAUCCUCCAGUUAUUACACCGAGUCGUAGACACGAACAUGUAAAUAUAUCUGAUCCCUUUUGUUGAGAGCUCUGAGGAAGUCCAGGUUCAGAUUACUGGACAUUUGGACAGAACCGGGUCCAGUCUUUAACUUCACUGAACCUCAAGACAAAGACAGAUUAAUGAUCAGAGGACAAAACAUGGAAGACCCGGCAGACUGAUAAACUGGACCAGUCCAGGACCAGUCUGCUCACUUAAAGCAUCAAACUGGUCUAAAUGUUCCUCAAAGCAGAGACUCGUGUCUGAGACAUUCUCAGAAGAACCCGACUGAUUUAUUUUAUUUUUUUUAACCGUCGUCUAAAUCUUCAACUAACGAAACAUCAGAGAGGUCAACAGCACAGGGAUCAGGUUAUCUUAUUUUAUUUUAUUCACCUUUUGUUUUUAUUUUCACUGAACAUCAGAGCAGAACUCUCCAAAAUCACAGCGGGUGGUUUUCAUGAAUCCAAAGGUGAAGGUAAAGGUGUGUGGAUGUGAUUCUCAGGAACAUGUCGGGUCAGGUCCGACUCUGCACUCGGAGGUUUCACAACCUCUGCUGCUGUUUUUCAGGAACCAGAACUUAUUGAGUUUCCAAAACACUUAGAGAUCGUUUCCAGGAAGUCCAAGAAUAAUCCAAACAAUUUCACAACAGCGUGACCCGUCCUUGGACGACCCCCUCUGAUUGGAUAGAUGACGGGAAAAGCGUGCACUAACACACACACACACACACACACACGUUAGAGUUACAGAGUUGUAAAACUAUGCAACACACAUAUGAGGGAUACACAACUAACACACAAUCAUUGUCUUCAGACACACACUCAGCAGUGUAAAAAAACCCGGAGCUCCUCUCCUGGGGUUUUGUCCUCUGUCCUGAUUGGACGAUGAAGACGCCCGGCUGCUCCUCAGACCUCUUCCUGUCUCCUCUUCAUUGUUUUGCUGUUUUUACCACAACACUCUGAAACGAAACUUUUGUUUGAUGACAGCAGAGUAAACGGACGAGUUUGACCUUUGACCUUUUGACCUGUGCUCCUGUAAUUCAUUACAGCCUUGACCAGACCUCAUUACUUGUUGGAUCAAGGUCUUCCUCUCAGUGAGUUAAAUCUCCGCAGCAGGACCCGGUACCUGACAGCUUCUGGAGAGAGAGGUGUAUGAGGACCGUCUGCAGCCUCUGAUUUCAAAGAGGCGUCCAUUUACUCUUAAAGGUGUUGUAGUCAGGAUCUGAGUUAGUUCCAGUUUUUAGGAGAAAUCUUGAAUGUAAACUCUACCCCUCCCAACCAGUUUUCCCCUCAGCUCCUCCUCUUCCUCUCUUAAGCCCCGCCCACAAACAGACGCUCCUGCUCGCUCGUAUCGUUCCACUUAAAUUCAGAUAUAAUGCAGAUAAAUCCUUCAGAUCAUUACAAAUGGGGCCCAGUCAAGGUGAAAUUCAAAAGCAUUGGUGCUACUGUAGAUGCCAACAGACUACCAGCAAACACAAUGUUUGCAGGACUUCUACAACUAGGAUAAAGUGACAUAGUCCAGGACCCGAGGGAGGACAGUUUAGCGAUGGCGCUACAACACGCUACAGCAGGUCCGUUUGACAAGAAACACUUCUGUUACAGACACUUGUCUUACUUUGUUAAAGCGGUUUACCUGUCCAGCAGAAAGGUUACAGGGUCACCAAGAUCCCCAAGCGUCCCCCAUGGUUUAUGUUGACCCGACUUUUUAGCUCUUGUCCGGUCUACCUCCGUUUUAAGCGCCCGUUAUUCCUCCAGAGUCUCCGGUAUUUACUUUGUUUUCUCGCUUGUGUCGGCAGUCGUGGCCAAAGGAGGAUUCAGACAAUUUUCCGAACUUUCUGGUUGGUUUCUACUGUCCGAUAUUGUAGCACGCUAACUUUGUUUGGGCUCCUGAGUUUUUACAAGAUUUUUUGUAAAUAAACCACAAAAUAAAAAGAUGCUUCUUUAACAUUUUCCUGCCUGCUCCACCUUUAACUCUUCGGUUUAGUAGAUCUCUCUUUAACAGAACUCUCUGUGAGUCCCUGGUUUAUCUGAGGUAGAUCUUCAGAAGGAGUCUCAG